AUGGACUGCGAAAAAUUAAUACGUUUGGUCCAUGAAAGAAGGAGCUCAUGGGAUCCUAGCAGUAAAUCGCAUCAUAACAGAGACGUCGCAAGACGUCUCUGGGAUGAAAUCGCUGUAUUAUUAAAAAAUACAAAUGAAAAGGACACGCCGAGUGAUGUAUCUGAAUCUAUUGAAAAGACAUAUUCUGAAGUACAAAUAGACGAAGAAAACACAACAGCUAAAAAUAUUGAAACGGUGGAUUCAAAUACGAACAAUGAUAAAACUCACAAUAGCAAUAAAUAUCAUAAAGAAGCUUCUUUAUGCUCAUCUGAUUUUUUAAAAACCUAUAUGGAACCCAGUAAUAAUGUGGCUAAUUUAGUUAUCAUUGAACGUAAGAGACAAUGCAAGGAAAACAGAGAACGUCUAAAGCCCAUCAAUAAUUCAAUAAUUUUUCUGGGACAACAGAAUAUUGCCUUGAGAGGGCAUCGUGAAAACAAUAAUCUUACAAAUACCACAUCUUCCUCUUCAACUAUAAAUCAGGGUAAUUUUCUUGAACUAUUAAAAUUUAGAAUAUCUGCUGGAGAUCAAAUAUUAGAAAAUCAUCUGAAAACCACUCAUUCUAAGGCGACUUAUUUAUCACAUUCUAUUCAAGAACAAAUUAUUCAAUGUUGCCGUUAUGAAAUCAUUUCUUUUAUUUUGAAAGAAGUAAAAAAUACUAGAUAUUUUAGUAUCAUAUUUGAUGAAACAACAGAUAUUAGUAAUAUUUCUCAGAUGAGCCUUUCUCUUAGAUAUAUUGAUAGCAAUCACAGAGUUCAAGAAAAAUUUAUACAUUUUCUUGAUUGUCAUGAAUAUGUGUAUGGACAAGGUAAACGUAGAGCGAUCAUGUCAACUAAUAACAUUGACAAUGAAUCAGAUGAUAAUUUAUGUGAUUUUGAUCCCAAUAAAAAACUAGAACCAAAACUAUCUGGGGAAAUAUUAGGUGAUACUGUAGUUUCUAUAUUAAAAGAAAUGUCUAUAGAACUUAAAGACUGUGUAGGAAUUGGUACUGACGGUUGUACGGUCAUGACUUCAACAAUACAUGGAGCGGUUCAACAAAUUAAAAAAUCUGCAAACAACGCUAUUCAUAGUCCUUGUUCCAGUCAUUCACUGAACCUUUCCAUAUCUAAAUCAUCAAAUGUGCAAUCAUUGAGAAAUAGACAAAAUCGUACUUUAACAAGUCUUUGUGAAACGAGGUGGAUCGAACGAUACGAUAGUGUUAUUCAAUUUCAAAUAUGUUUACCAGAAAUCAUUGAGUCCCUAGAAGCUAUUUCUGAAUGGAAUGAUCUUACUUCUUCAACCAAAUCCAAAAUUCUAUUGACUGGAAUGUCUAGCAGAGCUUUACAAGGAGUUGAACAAGAUGUAGUUGCUGCAUUUGAUUGUAUCAAAUCUGUCAUCAAUAAUCUUAGUGAAAAAAUAAAAAAUUGUGAAGAUGUAUUUAAAGGUAUAUUUAAAGAAGCUAAAACUGCUAUGGAGAAAUUAGACAUUGAGAUCAAAUUACCUAGAACUACAAACAAACAAAGAAAUAGAGCUAAUACACCUGCCGWUUCUCCCGAACAAUAUUACUUGAGAACAUUAUUCAUACCGCUAACUGAAAACAUAUUGGAAGAUUUACGAGAACGAUUUAUUAAUAAAAAAAAUGAAUCUUUAUUAUUAUUAGUUCAACUUAUACCAUCCUACAUCUUAAAAAUAUCAAAUAAAACUUCAGAAACCAUUAUUGAAACAGUAAUAAAAAACUAUAACUAUUAUUUAAAAACAAAUGCUGUCACUCUCAAAGGAGAAAUUGAGUUUUGGAAAACCAAAUGGCUGAGUUCAGACAAAAAUACUGAUGAAGAAUUUGAACCUCCAAAAACUGUAUGGGCAUCAUUAGAUAAUUGUCCGCCAAUAAUAUUUCCAACAAUUCACAACAUUCUACUGAUAUUAGGGACCCUUCCCGUAAGUGUUGCUACAGCUGAACGCAGCUUUUCGACGUUUCGCAGGUAUAAUUAUUAUUGCUUAGCUUGCUUGCAAAUAAAUUUUAAUACUGCCUUUGCUUUUGCACAUUUGAUUAAAAACAUGGUUGCGGUCACAAAUUGGUUAAGAUAG